CCCCCUGUGUUUUCAAACUGAGUGGGCGGGUGUGAUUGGCUAGCGUGCGCACCACAUGACUAACGGUCGCGGGAAAGCCGCGGAGUCCGAACAGCGCGAGGUGAACCGUGCCCGGUGGCAGCGCCGUGCGGAGCCGCCGCACUCAGUGGCGCAGCGCACCGAAGGGACGCGGAGCAGCGCAGCGACAGCGGACGCGGAGCGGCUGUGUUCAGCCGAGAGCGGGGCUCCCAGAGAGCCGCCAUGAGCUUCCUCAACGUGCAGCAGGCGGCGCCGCCGCGGCGGGUCUCGGCUCGUCGGGCGGCCGCCCCUAUCCGGCAGAAGCUGCUGUUUCUGAGCGCCCACAGCGACUGCGAGGAGGAGGAAGAAGACGAGGAGGAGGAGGGCGGCAGCAGCGGCAACAGCACUGGCGAGGACUCGGCCUUCCAGGAGGCAGACUCGCCGCUUUCGGCGGCCCGCACCCCGGCGCGGGGCGGCCCGCCCCUGAUGGAGGAGGAAGAGGAGAUGGAGCCAGCGGCGGCGCCACUGCCGGACGAAGGCGACUCAUGGGAGGAGGAGGGGUUCGGCUCUUCUCCGGUAAAAUCUCCUGGAGCCUAUUUUAUGGCCGGCUCGCCAUCAUCGCCGCCUCCCCACAAGGGUCGCCGCCACUGCGGGCGCUCCCCACUGCACCCGGCGGCUGGCGGUUACCGGGUGCAGAGCGAGGAGCCCAGCUCGCCGCUGCCAGACUGCCCCGGCACACCGCCUCACAAGACCUUCCGCAAGCUGCGCCUCUUCGACACGCCACACACCCCCAAGAGCUUGCUUUCUAAAGCUCAAGGAAUAGGCUCCAGCUCAGUCAAACUUCGAGGGGGCUCUCUGUUUAUGAAUGUUGGGAAGUCUGAGAAGCAAGAAGAAGAUAUAAGACAAACACCUCACGUGAACAUCAAUCCUUUCACUCCCGAUUCCAUGUUCCUUCACAGCUCUGAUGGAAAGUGUCGGAGGAGGAAGCGAACACACUGGAACGACUCUUUUGGAGAAGACAUGGAAGCAAGUGAUGGAGAGCCUGAAGAUGAAACUAUCAGACCUGCUAAGAGGAUAACAAUAACAGAAAGCAAUAUGAAGUCACGCUAUGCGACCGAAUUUCAUGAACUGGAGAAGAUUGGAUCUGGUGAAUUUGGUUCUGUGUUUAAAUGUGUGAAGAGGCUUGAUGGCUGUGUUUAUGCAAUAAAGCGAUCCAAGAAACCUUUAGCUGGCUCAGUGGAUGAGCAAAAUGCUUUAAGGGAGGUCUAUGCACAUGCAGUUCUGGGACAGCAUUCUCAUGUAGUAAGAUACUACUCUGCAUGGGCAGAAGAUGAUCACAUGCUUAUACAGAAUGAAUAUUGCAAUGGUGGCAGUUUAGCAGAUGCCAUCAGUGAAAAUUACAGGAAUAUGCGUUAUUUUACUGAACCAGAACUGAAGGACCUGCUGCUUCAGGUGGCUCGAGGCUUAAAGUACAUUCAUUCUAUGUCACUGGUACAUAUGGAUAUCAAACCUAGUAAUAUUUUCAUAUCUAGGACAUCAGUCCCAAGUACAACUUCAGAAGAAGGUGAUGAUGAUGACUGGUCAUCUGAUAGAGUCAUAUUUAAAAUAGGUGAUCUUGGUCAUGUAACUCGAGUGUGUAGUCCUCAAGUGGAGGAAGGUGAUAGCCGUUUUCUUGCAAAUGAAGUCCUACAAGAGAACUAUGCUCAUUUGCCAAAAGCAGAUAUUUUCGCUCUUGCUCUGACUGUUGUCUGUGCUGCUGGGGCUGAACCACUUCCAACUAAUGGGGACCAAUGGCAUGAAAUUCGACAAGGAAAACUGCCUAGAAUACCACAAGUGCUUUCUCAAGAAUUACUAGACUUACUAAAAGUUAUGAUUAAUCCUGAUCCAGAGAAAAGGCCUUCAGCUGUGGCACUAGUCAAGCAUUCAGUGCUUCUCUCUGCUGCUAAAAAGAGUGCAGAGCAGCUCCGGAUAGAACUGAAUGCUGAAAAAUUCAAAAAUUCACUCUUGCAGAAAGAGUUGAAGAAGGCACAGAUGGCAAAGGCUGCAGCUGAGGAGCGAGCACUGUUCACUGACAGAAUGACAACAAGAUCUACAACACAAAACAGACCAUCUCGACUCAUUGGGAAGAAAAUGAACCGCUCAGUUAGUCUUACUAUAUACUAACUAUAUGAAGUCUAAAAGAACUACUGAGGAUGGCUGUAGCAUCUCUGCUGGACUGAAGCUGAAAGAAUUGAAGGAAUCAUUCAAUUCUUGGUUUCUUGUCCUGUCUUUGAUCAGUGCCACUAGUUUUACAGGAACUGUUUCUGGGUUUUUACUUGUACAAUACGGCUGAUGAGCUGUAUUAUCCACCUGAGUUAAAGGACUCAGUUGUUACAAUCUUGUCUAUAAAGGAUCCUGGAUGUUAAUCCAUAAGCCUUUCAGUUACACUGUUAAACGUUACAUGGUCCCAGGGUUAACCACUAUAGUGGUGUGCUGCUUUGUAGUGUUACAGCAUUGUAGUAAGAAGUUAUAGCCCUAAUCUUUGAAAGGGAGGGGAGGGGGGCCUUGCUUUGAUAGUUUCUGAGAUUUUUUUGGAGCAGAGGGGAAUACAUUUUUAAAGAUGGGCGUUAAGGCCACCUACACUCAAUGUACCUGAUAUCAGGUAGACUUCAUUGUGAAUUUUAUUUGUAUAUUCAACUGGGAGCACUUUGUAGGCAUUGCAUAAACCACAGCUUAGAAACCUGUGGAAUUAAGUGCCAUGUGGAACUGCUGCUAUUUUUAGUUUGUUGUCCUUGCUGUAAACUGUAGCAUUAAAACAAUCAUUAUUGUGUUAAUAGGCUUCUUGUUAAAACAAUUACGUGAAACAAAUUCAGCUGCAUUUUAGUGAAGGCAGCAUUUUUCUCUCAAAGCUAGUGCAUUGUAAAAUAAUGCACCAAUUUAAUAUUUGGAUUUUUGUUAGUGUAGUGCAGUUGUUAAUGUCUUGGCUAUUGAUGUUCUGUAUUUUUUUCUAAUAAGGUUCUCUAAAUGUUGAUAUUUUCUUCAGUUGUCUGUUUUUGAAGUUAUUGUAUAUUUUUUUCUGUGUUGGAGUACUUGUAAAUAUUUAGUUUAAGUGUUCAGAUUGUUCUUCAUUGUUCAUGUACAUAAAUUUGAUUGUGUUUAUAGUAUAUUAUAGUGAAACUUCCCUCUGUGUUGCCAACAGACAAAAGUUAACUAUUCAGUUUUAAAUUCCAAAAUGAACAGAAUAUGGCUGUCAGAACCUGUACUGACCUAUGUUGGACCUAAGCUGACAUAUGUUGCUAAACAGAACUGUUCUAAUUACUGGCUUAUCUCUUAAUUUUAGUUUAAACAAUGUUUCCCAUUUGUGCUCUGUUUCUUCUUACUAGUGUUGAAUUUGAGUAUUAAAGUUAAAAGUUUUGUUUUAAUAUUGCCUAACAAUUCUUUAACUCUAUAGUUGUGGAAAUAAAAUACUGAGUCAGGAAUGUAUUAUGGCAAGUCUUGAUAAGAUGAGCUUCCUGCUGCUGCCUGAUGCUUGUGGUUCUCUCAUGAGUGGGACUGAGGCAUACUCACUGAUAGUUAUGUUAGGAGGCAAGGACCACAGUCUCUGUGUUAGUAUGUACAGCAGUCUGUCUCCACAGCAUCACUGUACAUUGGAAAGACAAAGCUUGUGGAAGAUUUGAAGUGGAACUUGUUACUGUGAAGAUGGAGGACUGUAUGAAACUAUAAAGAAGUCUUGAGGUAAGGAGGAAAAUUCAUGAAUUGCUGAGAAUGGGAAGAGAACUGCUUAUUAAAGUUUGGAAGAAAACAAUGGAAAGAAUUGCAAUAGUCUAUGUAAGACAGUAAAUGCAUGUUCUACAGAAUGUAUGCAAAAUACUUAUGCAUAUAUAUAUACAUUGUAUCUCAUGUAAAGAAGAGAUACAGUGAAAGGCUUAGACUAGUCUGGGGAAGCUCUCAUUGCUUAUAUUGAAGAGUCACAGAUGAUCAUCAAAGAAGAUGUAAGUGAAUUGAAAGGACUGUCAAAAAUUUAACUUGGCAGUUAGCAAAUGAAAAUUGCUAAGUAUUUAUUUUUAAGAGGUCUCAGUGCUAUUCAUGUAUGACAGUGAGAUUCCGACUCUUGGUUCAGAUGACGUUAUUCUCUGAAUAUGCAGUUUUCAUUGGUAAAAACUGAUAGCCCAUAAGUUUUUGCUUUGUAUGGUAGUCCUGUCUUGUUUGUAAGAGAAUUGAGAAUGUUUCUUCUAAUUUUGUUGAUAAUGAGACCUCUUAGAGCAUACUUCAUAAAUAUCAGUUGAUAGGGGAUCAACAAACAGCAAGCCUUUCUUCCCCUGUAUAGUCUAAAUAAAUUUGAUAUAC